CCUCAACAUAAGAGAUCGAGCAUUUCACCACCAAGAUGUUUGCUCUGCAGUCAUUUGCGGUCAUUUAUGCGCUGACAUUCCUCGGGCAAAAUGUCCUCGGAAGUGAAAUUAUAAAUGGGCAAAUAGCCCCAGACAACGAAAUGCUGUAUAUGGCAUCAGUGCUGGAUAGCAACGGCUACCAUAUUUGUGGAGGAUUUCUUGUGUCUGAGAACCUUGUAAUGACUGCUGCACACUGUGACCUGAAUCUUAGGUAUGUAGUCCUUGGUAACCACCAUCUGAGGAGUGAUACUAAUAAGAGUGUGAUACAGAUUGCCGACAAAUACAAACACCCAUAUUAUCAGGAAGUUGGCUCUGGAUACGACAUCAUGCUUUUAAAACUGCCUACACUUGUCCAAACAUACAAAACAAUUCAAUUCAUUCGACUUCCCCUCCGUGAAAUGACAUUAAAGGAAAAUGAGAAGUGCCAAGUGGCUGGAUGGGGUAAGAUAAACACUUACGGUAAUGUUGUUGAUAACCUGAGAGUGGUGGAUGUGUCUGUCAUCGGCCCACAAGUCUGCCAGAAUGCUUGGGCUCAAAAGGUUCCUGGAUACAAGCUUCCUCCCAAUGUUAUCUGUGCAGGUGGAUACAACACAAAUAAAGGAUUCUGUCAGGGUGAUUCUGGUGGCCCUCUGGUCUACAAGGGAAUGGCUGUCGGUAUUGUUUCUUACAACAAGGCGAUUGGUGAAAACUUGGGACAGUGUGACUAUCCGGAUGUCCCCAAUGUCUAUACAGAUAUCUCAAAAUACGUUAACUGGUUCAGGAGGAUUCUCCAGGGGGGAAAAAGUUAA